CAAUUCAAUGCAGAAGACAGAGGAGGAGGGAGAGCUUGGCGCUGCCAACAUUGCAACUAAGCUCGGCGUAGGCCGUAUUCCAGCAGUACUCUAGUUAGCGUUACCGCGUUUAUUUUGCGCGUGGGUGCUGAUGCAAUUAUAGCAUAUUAGCAGUUGGAUGUGAAAGCUAGCAGUCGGCAGUAAGGAAACUGCGGUUCAAGGCUCAUCAAGAUCGCCGUGGCGGUAUGCUCUCAGAUAUAAUUCUCUUCGGAACGUUGCUGCUGAAUGCCGGUGCCGUUAUAAACUUUAAGCUGCCAACUUCUCGGGAUGAAGGAUUCAUAGAGAAAAUGGAGAUGACAGCUGGCAGCAAGAUUUGCAAUCUCCUUGGCACCAUUCGCUACUUCAGGGCUUUGAUUGGUCUCUGGAACAUCCUAGUGAUGUUCCUUAUGUUGGUGUUCUUCAGUUCCUGAUGAAACCAAAUGCUGCAACAGGAAAAUGGAAUGUGUUGAUGAAUAAAGUCUUUGGACAGCACA